UCUCUGUAAGCCUAUAUAACCGAGGGUGUAGCUGGAGUAGGCACAGUCCAGCCUCAGACAGUCCAGCAACAACAUGAACUCGAAGGUGUUCUUCCUCCUGGCGGGCGUGGCCGUGGCCCUCGCCGCCCCUGACCGCCCCAGGACCAGCUACGGCCCCCCAAGAAGGGACUCCUCCUCCUUCGAGCACUUCUCCCUUUCGUCCGGCUCCGCUGAGUCCUUCGAGCAUUUCCGCCCCGCCUCGGCCUCUGCCGAGUCCUUCGAGCGCUUCGUGCCCAGGUACCGCUCCGCCGAGUCCGGCUCCGAUGAGUCGUACGAGUCGUCCGAGGCCAAGUACGACUUCCAGUGGGCCGUGAACCACCCACCCUCCCGCAACGACUUCGGGCAGCGCGAGGGCCGCGACGGCGACGACACCCAGGGCGUGUACACCGUGGCGCUGCCCGACGGCCGCCGCCAGACCGUCACCUACCACGUGGACGGCGACGACGGCUACAUCGCCGACGUGAAGUACUCCGGCGAGGCGCGCUUCCCCGACUACUCCCGCGAGUCCGGGUCCUACGAGUCCCGCCAGUUCUCCUCCGGCUCCGACGAGUCCUUCGAGACCCGCCGCGUCUACGCCCCCCCCAGCAGGAGCUACCUCUCCCCCAGCUCCAACGAGUCCAAGUAAACCGUGAAGCAGCCCAAGACGAGACCACCGCCCGCCGGGGACAAGACCGCCGCGUCAGCGUCCCCCGAACAAUGCCUGCCGACACAACCAUUCUUCAUUCUUCAGCACUCGGAGCAUCUUCACUAAAUUCCUGUCCUAGUAUUACUUAUUUAUUGAAUAAACUACUCAGAUUA